GUUAAUUGAGAAAGAGAGAAAACAGAGAACAAUAUGAGACAAGCUGGUGAAUAUUCAAGUUUACUAUGUGGUGGAAUGUCAAGAAGAACCGGUCCUCAUUCAUUACCUUUAGCAAGAAUAAAGAAAAUAAUGAAGAAAUCUAAUGAGGAUGUGAAAAUGAUAUCAGGGGUUGCUCCAAUUGUUUUCUCCAAAGCUUGUGAGCUUUUCAUUGAAGAACUUACAAAGAGCUCUUGGAACAUUGCUAUUGAUGGUAAAAGACGAACUUUGAAUAAAGAUGAUGUUGCUUCUGCUGUUAUAGCCACUGAUAACUUUGAUUUUUUGAUCACUUUGGUUUCUAAUUCCAAUAGCACUCUCAUGGAAAUGGAAAAUAUAACAUGAAUUGUUCUUAAGUUGAAAGCCCAUAUUUGUUUUAGUUAUUUUUAUGAAUUUUUCUUAAGUUGAAAGUUCAUAUUUGUUUUAAUUUGGCAUGUGUGGUGGUGGUCAAUUUUGUUUGCGUUCUCCUUCCUUUAUAAAAUUGGGGUACCCUUGGGAUACACCUCAAGUACCAUACCUCCAUCUUAUAUACCCUACUAGUGUGUGAUAUCUCUCUUAUGUGGGACUUCUUUAUUUUUCAAUUCACAACAAUACUAAUUCUCAUAAAUGUUAUCAUUGUUUCCAACAAACUUCCAUUAAAAUCAUCAUCAUUUCCAACAAAAUAGGUUAAGAAUAUUGAAGAAGGAGCUCCCUUAUGUUUU